AUGUCAGCUCCAUUAGACGCCAGUAAAUUGGAAAUCACUAAAACUACCAAUCCAAGUGAACCUUUACCAAAGGAAGAAUUAGUUUUUGGUAAAUCUUUCACUGACCAUAUCUUAGAAGUUGAAUGGACUGCUGAAAAAGGAUGGGGUAUUCCAACUAUUAAACCAUACCAUAACUUUUCCCUUGAUCCAGCUACUUGUGUUUUACAUUAUUCUUUUGAAUUGUUUGAAGGUUUAAAAGCAUACCGUGAUAGCAAUGGUAAAAUCAGAACAUUUAGACCCGACAAAAAUAUGGAAAGAAUGAACAGAUCAGCUAAAAGAGCUGCCUUGCCUACAUUUGAUGGUGAAGAAUUUCUCAAGUUAGUUGAUGAAUUCUUGUUGAUUGAAGAAAGAUUUGUGCCAACUGGUUACGGAUAUUCACUUUACUUAAGACCAACUUUAAUUGGUACUUCAAUUGGGUUAGGUGUCAGUGCACCAACCAAAGCAUUAUUAUAUCUUAUUGCUUCGCCUGUUGGUCCAUAUUUCAGUGGUGGUUUCAAACCAGUGUCUUUGGAAGCCACAGAUUACGCUGUCAGAGCUUGGCCAAAGGGUGUUGGUUCAUAUAAAUUGGGUGCCAAUUACGUGUCCUGUAUUGAACCACAAAUGGAAGCUGCCAAGAGAGGCCAUUCCCAAAACUUGUGGUUAUUUGGUGAAGAAGGUUACAUUACCGAAGUGGGUGCUAUGAAUGUGUUCUUUGCAUUUAAGAAUGCUGAUGGUACUAAAGAAUUGGUGACUCCACCAUUGGAUGGUAUGAUCUUGCCAGGUGUCACUCGUGAUUCAACAUUAGAAUUGGCUAAAAGCAAAUUACCAAGUGAUUGGACUGUCAAUGAAAGAAAAUUGACUAUUCAUGAAGUUAAAGAAAGAGCUGCUAAAGGUGAAUUAGUUGAAGCUUUCGGUACUGGUACCGCUGCUAUUGUCUCACCAAUUGACAACAUUGAAUUCCAAGGCGAACACAUUAAAGUUCCUGUUUCUGCUGGUAGCUCCGGAGAAAUAGCUUUAAAGAUCAAUGACUGGAUAAAGGCUAUUCAAUAUGGUGAUGAAAGUUUCAAAAACUGGUCUAGAGUAGCCCAAUAG